GAAAAAAAUUGAAAAAUUUCUUAGUUUUGAUAAUUAUACACUGAAAUCAUUCUCUAUUUUGAAAUUGAGAAUAUUCUCAGUUUUGGUGUUGAUCUAGUUUAACAGCAAUGCUAUUAUAUAUACACUUGUUUAGGUUAAAGGGCAAAACGUCUUUUUACCUGUAAAUGGGACUUGUUGGUUAAAAAACUUUUUGACAGGACCUAAACUACUACUAAAUAUGUAGCUAGGACUUUUAGGUAAUUAAUCCUAAUAAAUAUAAAAAAACACUCAUCAUCCUCCCAUGGUUUUACCUUUCUUUACAACAAUUUUUUUUUUUAAUUUCAAAAAUAUCUUUUUAAUAUUUUUUUUGUUAAAUUAAUUUAUAUUUUAAGAAAAAUUUAUUUCGAAUUAAAUCAAAUAGAUCAAUGUUUGAAUAAGAAAGCAAAAGAAUUUACUUCAAAGCGGUUGAUACAUGAAUUUUUCAAGAUUCUUGUCAUACCAAAUGUAAAAUUGAGAAGAGUUAAAACAUAACAAACAGUCAAGAAUGUAAGAAUUUGCUUGAUUCAGUUUACGGUCAUGCAUGAAGAAUGACGAAGAAAUUUCACCAUAAAUAUAGAUAUUACAAUGAGCCGGCUCUCACUCUCAACAACCCUUUUAUAGAAUCUCAUAAAAUCAUCAUAACCUAAAACCUUGAAACAAUCCAACAUAUGCACGAAUUUGAAACUAAUAAAAUCAUAUUAAAAUAGAUCCAAAUAUAAAUAACCGAUCAUACGCCAAUGGAUAAUAAGCAUAAUCCAAGCUGAAUUCGAAACACAACAACAAUCAGUGGGCUUCAGUGAGCCAUUUCAAAUUGGAUAUCAAACAAUCAUUCGAUUGCUUUGAGAAUGGUGAAUUGACAAUUUCAUCAGUUGAUUUCAAUUCAAUUUUUAAAAUUGUUUUCAAUUGGACUAAAUUGACGUAAUGUGCCAAAUUUAAAUAUAUAUUGAUACAAUUAAAACUACAAUAGCCAUAUUGAACCAACUAAGCUAGUUCAGUCCUUCAGCAUCGGGUUAGCUACUCAUGUAUUCUCCUAACUAAAUGUCAGGGAGUCAAUCAUUAUCAAAGGCAAGAUUGAUUAUUUCUCCCCCUAUUGAGGCUUUGUUGUAUUGGAUUUAUUUCCUCUCAUUAUGGACUUGUUCUUAUGUUGGUGGUUAAUAUUGAGCUGUUGGGUUAGUUUAGUAGUUGGACUAUGAUUUUCCAUUUGAUGUAAUUCUCUUCUUAUACUUAUAAAUUUCUUACCAAUUGGCAAAUAAUAAAAUAACAAAAACAAAAACAAAAACCAAAUUGACAUAAAACUAUAGGGCCUAAUUUGCCAUUUGAUUAUGUGGAUAUAAUAUUCAUAAAAAUAUUGAGCAAAUCAAACACAAAAGGUCAUGUUGGAAUAUCAUGGCCUGUUGUACCAAAUAUUAUAUAGAAAGUGAUGGGUGGUCUCUCCAACACACAACAAAAAUUUCUCAACCCAUUGCUUGUUAGCCUUUAUAAAAAGAGACACCAUGGUUUUCAGGAUCACUAAGACAAUAGCUUAUCCCACAACUUGGGAAACAGAGUCUCAAAAUUCCUUGAGUAAUUGUCCAAUCAGAGGUCAGAUUAGAAUGUGUAGUCCACAUCUCCCACCAGGCUUUAGAUUUCAUCCCACUGACGAAGAGCUCAUCGUCUAUUAUCUGAAGAAAAAGGUCUCAUCACCUACUAGUCCUCUGUUCUCUAUCAUAGCUGAUAUUGAUCUCUACAAGUUCAAUCCAUGGGAGCUUCCUGGCAAGGCUCUGUUUGGCAGUAACGAGUGGUUUUUCUUCACACCGAGAGAUAGGAAGUAUCCAAACGGAGCUCGUCCAAACAGGACAGCUGGAGCUGGGUACUGGAAAGCAACUGGUACUGACAAACCGAUCCUAAACUCGGGUGGGUUGCAGUGUAUUGGUGUGAAAAAGGCUCUGGUCUUCUAUCAAGGCCGUCCUCCAAAGGGCGUGAAGACUGAUUGGGUGAUGCAUGAGUACAGACUUCUCGAAGAUUCCCAUUCGCUCCCGAGACUCAGGGGAUCGAUGCGGUUGGAUGAUUGGGUACUAUGCCGAGUACGCCAAAAAAACAACAUCCCACAACAAAUCCCAGAAUUCUCAGAAGAAAGCAGUUUCAAUUCCAUCCCUGGACUCAAUUUCCCAUUCUUGAAUGAUCCACAUAACAAAAACACAAUACACUCAAUAGACUCUGGCAACGAAAUCAAAACUCAUCUCCAAUCGCCCAAAGCGAGAACAGGACUAAAUGAUCAAGAACAAGAACAAGCACAAGCACAAUGGUACUUAAACUUUCAAGGAGGACCAUCCAUGUCUUCAAGCACAGAUGGAAGUUCUCAGUACGCAAAUGAAGAAUCGGUUUCGCCAAUCAAAGAUGUUUUCAAAUCCCUCAAAAGAUCGAUCUCUGUCGUGUCUUUUGGCGAAGAAUUUCCAUUCUCACCAAGUAAUAACAAGAGGCUGCACGCAGUACCAACUGAUAGCAUGGAGGAUUCAAGCAUUUUCCAAAUCUGUUAUCUUGCUAACUGUGUAUGAAUGAAAUGAAAGCAUUCUAAGUGUUCUUGAAAAUGCGCGAUGACGCUUUAAAACAACUUUAUGAUGGUGUUAGAUAUUUGCCCUGUGUUUUUCAUUUAUUUUCUUGUCUAUUAGUUCUUUCUGUUCCUAGAAAGAGAUUAAGAGGAACUGAGAUUUGUAGAAAGGAAAAUAGAUGUAGUUAGAUAUAUUACUGUGAGAU